CGGCGGGAAGCGGGGAUUGUGGGGGAGCCCCGCCAUGGAGACAAUAAGAUGCCGGAGCAUGAGAUGGGGGCCGGCCUCAUCCCCCGCCUCCGCCAGCACGGCCAUGGCUGCGGGCCAGGAGCAGCCUGGCAGGCAAGGAGCAAUCCUGCCCAACCUGUUCCUCCAGGCCGGAAGCCCCGGCACCGGCUGCUGUUCCCAGCUGGAGCGGUGGGUGCUGCAGCGCCGGGCACCCCAGAGCUGGGGACCCUGCAGCCGAGGGCAGGCAGGGGAGGAAGGGCAGCUGGCACAGCGAUGGGGAUGCUGAUGGCACCCAGGGCUCCUCAUCCCAAACCUGGAGUGUGACACCCCACCCCCACUGCCCCAGAAACCAUUUCUGCGUCGGUUUGGAGGGUGCUGGGUGCCCAUGGAGGUGCUCAGUCUGAAUUCACCUGCCCUGGAGUGGAUCCCUGGGCUGGAUCCUGGUACCGGUGCAGUGCCUACCCCUGGGAUGCUCCUCCUCCUUUAGUUUUCUGGUAGAACAGGGGCAGGGAAGGCUGGCAAGGGCGACCGGGGAACAGCACAUCUGCUGAGCCAGGUGCAGGAUGGACCCUCCGUGACCUCCUCCCACCAGGAAAUUCCUACCUUAAAAAAAAAAAGCCCAUUUUUGUCCCCAAAUAUUGCAAAAAACCAAGAGACACAGCAUCCCCCCUGCAGUGCCCAGCUGUGGAGCUGGGGGGACCCCUCAUCGAGGGGCCACGUGUGCCGGGACGGCGCGGGAGGCUGGUUUUUGGGGCUGGCCGAUGGGGUCAGCCCUGCCUUCCUGGAAGGUGGCCUUUGAAACCGCCAAGCAUUUCCUCAAAGGCUUCUCGGGGGAAAGUCCCCGGCGGUGCCGUUCCCGCAGCCGGGGCUGCCACACCGCCUGCCGUCUCCAUAAAAACGGCGAGCGCGGGCAGGCGGGCACGGGCACGUCGCACCAUGGGCAACUGGCUGGUCAACCACUGGUUCUCGGCUGCCGUCCUGGCAGCCUGGCUGGGCAUCAACAUCUUCCUCUUCACGUACUAUUUUCUGUUCUUUGACUGGGAUGAGCGGUAUUUCUACACCAGGGCCAUCCUCGGGUCCGCCUUGGCGUGGGCCCGGGCAUCGGCCAAGUGCCUCAACUUCAACAGCAUGCUGAUCCUGCUGCCCGUCUGCCGCAACCUCCUCUCCUUUCUCCGCGGGACCUGCUCGUGCUGCCGGCGGACGCUGCGGAAGCAGCUGGACCAUAACCUCACCUUCCACAAGCUGGUAGCCUACGCGCUGGCCCUCUUCACAGCCGUGCACACCAUUGCCCACCUCUUCAACCUGGAGCGCUACAACCACAGCCAGCAAGCCACCGACGGCAGCCUCCCCGCCGUCCUCUCCAAGAUGCACCUGCAUGGCAGCAACAAGUGGCUGAACCCCAUCCACUCCAACCAGACGACCGUUGAGUACGUGGCCUUCACCACCAUCCCGGGCCUGACGGGGGUCAUCAUCACACUGGCGCUCAUCCUCAUGGUCACGUCCUCCACCGAGUUCAUCCGCAGGAACUACUUUGAGGUCUUCUGGUACACACACCACCUCUUCCUCGUCUACUUUGCCGGCCUCGUCAUCCAUGGCAUCGCCGGGCUGGUGCGCGGGCAGACGGAGAAGAGCAUGGAGGAGGUGCACCCCCACCGCUGCGCCCAGUAUCUCACGCAAAAGGACGAGGACUGCAGCCACGACUGCUGCAAAGACCCUGAGUUCGGGAGCAUCCCGGCCGAGUCCUGGAAGUGGGUUCUGGCCCCUUUCCUCCUCUACAUCUUCGAGCGGAUCCUCCGGGUCUGGCGUGGGUGGCAGAAGGUGGUUGUCACCAAGGUGGUCAUGCACCCUGGCCACGUUCUGGAGCUGCAGAUGCAGAAGAAGGGCUUCCACAUGGAGGUGGGGCAGUACAUCUUCGUCAACUGCCCCGACAUCUCCCUGCUGGAGUGGCAUCCCUUCACCCUCACCUCGGCGCCCGAGGAGGACUUCUUCUCCAUCCACAUCCGGGAUGCCGGCGACUGGACGGGGCGUCUCAUCGACACCUUCCAGCAGCAGAUGCCCAGGAUCAAGGUGGACGGCCCCUUCGGCACAGCCAGCGAAGAUGUGUUCCAGUACGAGGUGGCCAUGCUGGUGGGAGCAGGCAUUGGCGUCACCCCCUUCGCCUCCAUCCUGAAGUCCAUCUGGUACAAGUUCCAGCAGGCUGACCAGAUCCUCAAGACCAAGAAGAUCUACUUCUACUGGAUCUGCCGGGAGACGGGAGCCUUCGCCUGGUUCAACGACCUGCUUGCCUCGCUGGAGCAGAAGAUGGCCGAGUCGGGCAAGGCAGACUUUCUCACCUACCGGCUUUUCCUCACUGGCUGGAACAACAGCAUCGCCAACAACGUGGCACUCCACUUCGACACCGCUACGGACACGGUGACAGGCCUCAGGCACAAAACCAUCUUUGGCAGGCCCAUGUGGAACAGCGAGUUUGCGGCGGUGGCUGCAGCCCACCCCAGGUCGGUGGUCGGCGUGUUCCUGUGCGGGCCGGGGCCCUUGGCAAAGAGCCUGCAGAAGUCUUGCCACCAGCACUCCAGCCUGGACCCCAGGAAGGUCAAAUUCUACUUCAACAAGGAGAACUUUUAAGCGGCAGCCAGGUUGGGAGCCUGGAGGGCAGGGACCCUGCCAGCCUCACCUCACCCCCCCAUGCCAGAGCAUGGCCAGGGAUAAGCAGCUGCUGCAGAAUGCACGCACCGAAGCCGGGCAAGACACAGCAAGUUACUCCUUCUCCAUGAGAAACUCCAGGUUCAAAGACUGCUGCCUUCUCGACCCGGUCUACAAGGGUUCGUCGUGGGGGGGAGCGGGCCUGCAGCUCCACACGUUCCCCCGGUUGAGAAGCUAUGACGAUGCUGCUGGAGCAGCAGGAGCGCCCAGCGGGCUGGGCAGAACCAUGGGACGGGACACAAAGACGCCGAGCAGGCACUGGGGGCUAAAUGUACCCCUCUGGGUUUAAAGAG